CCGUCACUCGCAGAGAUGGCUGAGUUAUUGUUUGUACCGUUUAAAAAAUCCUCAGAUGUUGAUAUUGUGAAACCAUUGAAGAAUCUAAUUCAAUCCACUUAUAAUUCCGGCGAGAACAAUGAGGAAUACAGUGAUGCGCUUAACGAAUUGAGCCGCCUCAGGACCAACGCCAUUUGGAAAGUGUUUGAGAAAUCUUCCUUGGAAGUUCUUUACAGCUAUUAUGAUCAGCUUGUGCGCUUGGAGAGCAAGAUCCCACCACAGGAGGUGCAGAUUCCCUUUAAAUGGAAGGAUGCCUUUGACAAAGGCUCUAUUUUUGGAGGCCGGAUGAGUCUAACCAUAAGCUCGCUCGCCUAUGAACGGAUGUGUGUGCUGUUCAACAUUGCUGCGAUGCAGAGCACCAUCGCCGCGCAGCAACCGCUCGACACCGAGGACUCCCUCAAACUGGCUGCCAAACAUUUUCAGCAAGCGGCCGGCGUGUUCGCUUAUUUGAAAGCGAACAUAAUGAUGGCCGUGCACCAGGAGACCACGCCCGACCUCAGCCCGGACACGCUGAGCGCGCUCUCGCAGCUGAUGCUCGCGCAGGCGCAGGAGGUCAUCGCCUACAAGUGCAUCCGAGACGAGAUGAAGGAGAGCAUGGUGGCGAAGGUGUGCGCGCAGUGCGAGGAGCUGUACACGGACGCGCUGCGCGCGCUGCACGCGGAGCCCGCGCGCACGCUGUGCGCCCGCGACUGGAUCCCCGCCGUAACGGCAAAGCAAAUGGCUUUCCGGGGUCUCACCCAUUUCUACCAGAGCCUGGUGUGUCGCGCCAACAAGGCUGUCGGCGAGGAGAUCGCGCGCUUGCAGUUCGCAGUGGAGCAGCUGAAGGCGGCGCAGGCGCGCGGCGCGCUGCUGGAGCAGGCCACGCGCGCCGCGCGCCACCUGGCGGAGGCCAGCAAGGACAACGACUUCAUCUACCACGAGCGCGUGCCCGACGUGCGCCAGCUCGAGCCCGUGGGCCGCGCCGCCGUCGCCAAGCCGCUGCCGCCGCCGCAGCCGCCCGCCACCUGGGCGCAGCCCGCUAGGGAUCUGUUCGCGGGGCUGGUGCCGCUAGCGGUGCACCAGGCGCUGCAGGCGAGCCAGGCGCGGCGCUCCGAGCUUGUCACGGCCGAGAUCGACAAGCUGCGCGACGCCACGCAGCUGCUCAACAGCAUCCUGGCGUCGCUGAGCCUGCCGGCGUCUGUUUUCGGCGCGCGCUGGUUCUUGCCGCACGCCGUCCGCCAGCCUCACCGAGGCAAUAUCCGCGCCAACGCCGCGACCUACCGCCAGAUCAUCGACACACACCGUGCGCGCCGACAAUUUAAUCGUGCAGCAUGUUUGAUGGUGAUGAUGCCUGACGUGAUGUGGCCUGUGCGCCGGCAGAACAUCGAGCUGCUGAGCGGCAGCGAGGACGAGCUGGACGCGGGCGUGCCGGCCGCCGGCGCCGCCGCCGCCGACACCGUCGACGCCGCGCCCGCCGAGGCCGCCGCGCUGCAGAAGCUGCGCGCGCUCAUGGACACGGUGGAGGAGGUGAAGGCGGAGCGCGACGCGAUCGAGGCGGAGCUGAAGUCGGCCACCGUGGACCUGCGCGAGCAGUUCCUGGCGGCGCUGGCGGCCGACGGCGCGCUGGACGAGCCGGCGCUGUCGGCGGCCGCGCUGGGCGCCGCGCUGGCGCCGCUGCAGCGCCGCGCCGCCGCCACGCUGCAGCGGCAGGACGCGCUGCUGGCCGACCUGCAGGCGGCGCACGCCGCGCUCAUGGCGGCGCGCGGCGGCGCCAGCGGCCGCGACCAGGCGCUCGGCCGCCUCGCCGCCGCCUACGACGCCUUCCAGGACCUCACCGGCAACCUCAAGGAGGGCGUCAAGUUCUACAACGACCUCACGCAGCUGCUGGUGGCGUUCCAGAAUAAGGUGUCGGACUUCUGCUUCGCGCGCAAGACGGAGAAGGACGAGCUGCUGAAGGACCUCACGCAGGAGCUUCGUCCGCCAAGACCCGCGCCGGCGCCGCCGCAGCUCGCUGGCGCCGAAGAGCCGCCGGCGGUCCGCAAGGAGGUUCCCCCGCGGCCACCGCCGCCGACCUCGGGCUCGCCCGCAGCUCCCGCAGCCUCCGCUACCUCCGCUUCGGCCCUUCCAUAUCCCGCACAACCACAAGGCAUGCCGCUGCCGUACGGCGCGCCGGCGGCGGCGGCCUACUACCCGGCGCCGAUGCCGGCGCUGUACAACCCGUACGCGACGCUGCCCUACCCGCACCACAUGCGCAUGCCGCCGCCGCAGCCCUACCAGCCCUACCAGUACCCCGCGCCGCAGUACCCGCAGCAGCACCCGCCGCCCGCCGGCUACAACCCCUACCCUCAGCAGUAAAUAUGCCUACUGCGCGACGUCACACCUUGCGCUCUCCACCUGUUCCGGCCAUUGCCAUCUUAGGAGCAUUUGUACCGCAGGACUGGCGAUGUCCGCGUCGGCUGUCGAAAUUUGAACAAUAAUAAUUUUACACAUUUUUCAAUGAUAAUUUGGAUAGCAAUAUAAAAUGCAGUGAAUGAGUGAAACCGAAUCGCCAGUUUGGACGCUUCUCUUAUAAUUGUUUCAGUGCAAUUACAGCGUAUAAAUGCACGUGAGAUAUUACGCUUUUAUACACUGUAAUCUCAUUGAUCUACUCGUACCAUCAAGCACACCGCCACGCCAGUGAUAUCAUGGGCGUCACAGUGGUACCCAUGGUAUUGUUUUAUCUAAAGGCGAAACAUACCUAAGUGAACAAAACAAAAUAUGCAAAUUGUUUACGAUUAAAAUUUCAUUGUCAAAAUAAUGCAGUCAUGUCAGGCCGCAGUAUAAAUGCUCUUAAUUAUUGAAAUGAGUGGAAAGCUAAAAGACGAUUUGCGAUAAAACGCUACGAUAGUAUCGCAUGAUAACCUCUGAGAUCCUUCCCUGUAAUCGUAUCAUGGUACAGUUAGUUACACACGAGACAGCCUCGGUGUGAACCACGUUAGUGCUACUGUACGUAAUCACGUUGUCAUCUUAUUAACGUUAUAAACCUGCAUGCUGUAUUCAGAACACACUUUAUUUGUAAUGUACUGUAAUAAAUAUUUUAAUUUGUCUUAUGCAAAUGCCAAAUACAUCCUAGAUUAAAUAAUAAACAUGAAACAUUUCAUAUAUGCAAUGAGACACCAUUCAUAUGUUUGCGUAGAGAUCAGCGACUGCAGGCUACAUCUGUCAUUAUAUAAAUACUUGUAUCGAUUUAGGUUAAGGGGUAGUGUAAGGAUGACUAACACGGAUGAUAGGAUUAUGCCGGUUGCUGACGCAUUUGUAACAUAAGGCUCAAUAAGUAAUGUUAAGGAACUCUAUAAUGCACCACUGAAGCCGUCACGCUGUUUACCGGUGUACACGGUACACAAUGUUAUGAUGUUCUGUAGACUGUGGUAUAUAUACUAUAAUAGUUACAGAAUCUAAAUAAUAAAUACAAGAAUCUAGCUGUGAUCUUAUAAAAAAAUUUACAAAAGUAGUACAAUAGAAAGUUGCACGAGUCUUGUAAUAUUCAGAAUUAAUCUUCUUCUUUUAAUUUUAUUUUCAUUUAAUUAUUAUUUUAAAAGUCUGUGAAAACUGUGAUCUUCUGCCUUGAUAUUUGAGAUAAUUUUGUAUUAAUUUUUACAAAUUGCAAUACUUUGAAGCGCGAUAUAUUGUUACGCUGUUUUAAUUCAUCAUCAAAUCAUUACCACAAUUAGGUGCUUUAUAAAUAUGAAAUUCUCACUAUAAGCAAAAUAAUAAUUAUUAAAUAUUGAAUAGUUUUGAAUGAAAUUGUAAUAUGUAGGAAAUAAAUAUGUUUUUUAUUA